AUGGCAUCCCAAGGGUUGUUAUUUCGAUGGAGGUCCCAUUUCAUCAACAAGGUGUUUGAGAAGUUGAUGAGAGUUAUGGAGUCAAGCACAAGGUCGCCACGCCCUUAUCACCCUCAAACCAGUGGGCAAGUUGAAGUCUCCAACAGACAGAUAAGGCCAUAUUGGAGAAGACUGUCUCCUUUCAAUUUGCUGUAUGGGAAGGACUGCCACUUACCUGUGGAGGUCGAAUACAAGGCUUUAUGGGCAGUAAAGAUGCUGAACUUUGAUAUAAAGGCAGCACAAGAAAGGAGGGAAGAGAGGCAACUCGAGGCACAACUCGAUCGAGCAAAGCAAGCUCGAUCGAGUGAGGAACCCAGUCGAGUGGAGCUCCUGAUGGCCGUCUCCCAUCUCCAGACCACGACCUUCCCCAGUUCUUUGGGGGGCACUGAGGCUAAGUUUGGGGGUGCCAACUCGAGCUCGAUCGAGUUGGGUGUAAAAACCAGAAAAGUGGUCUUUUGGAGCAUUCUGGAGCAUAUGGGACAAGGAGCAUGGAGGGACUUGGCACAUGGAAGCAGCUCAACUGGAUACGCAAAGGAAGAAGGGAGAAGCCAUCUUGAAGACCAGCUCGACCGUCUACUCGACCAACCGGUCGAGUUCCUCAACUCGACCGGCCAAGCUUCAACUCGAUCGAGCUGGAAGUCAAAGUCAAACCCGAAAAAUGUUGCUUCCCCCUUGACUUCCCUUUGA